AUGAGUCAAACAAGCAAAGAACAACCAUUUCAAAUUCAAUUCAGAACCAUAGAAUCAUCUAAAAUAUAUGCAGAGUAUAAGAAUAUCCCACAAAUAUCGAAAUCUAAGGACUUAACUGUUCAUAAAAUUCUAACUGCUGUUGAACCAGAAGUUCGAACUGUAUUGAAAGAUAUCGCUUCCGUUUAUAAGGUUGUCAUGAUAGACAUUAAUGAAGAAGUUAGUCAAAUGGACAAAAUUGAUUCUAGAAUUAAAAAGACCAUUCGGAAAGUUGAUAAACAAUAUCAAAAAUCGCUAAAACUACGCCAAUAUUAUUCCAAGUAUUUAAAUGGUUCUAAAAAUAUUGAUGUCUUGGGAAAAGAAUUAGAAGAGAUCCAAGUAAAUAUUCGUAAACUUUAUGAUUCUGUUGAUUCAAUUGCUUCAGAUUUGGGUGCAAUUGAUGCUUGUAUGGAUUCAAAUGAUAGAUUACUAACUGAAAAUAUUGUAAAUCAGCAACAUUAUCCUUUAUUAUUUGAUAUGUUGAAACAAAAUCCAAUAACAUAUGACAGAAAAGCGAGUCAUUCUCCCAUUCAUACCAUUCAAAAUUCCACCAUUAGUAAUUAUAAUAUGAGCAAAGAAGAAACAUAUAAUGUUCAUUAUCAAUAUCCCGAAAUUGCCUCUCAAAAGAGUUCAAAGGAAUUACUACAAGAAUACUUACAAGAUCCAGCAAUAUCAAUAAAUGCAUCCACAACUAAUAAAAAAUUACUUCAAAAUGAUAAUGAGAAUAAAAUUGAAAAUUAUCAAGAUAACACAAUAGGAAGUACUAAUGAAAUAUGCCAAACAAAAAAGACUCAAAUAUCUAAUAUUCGAAUAGAUACUGAGUCAAUUACAAUAAGUGAUCAAGAUAAUAACAGUUUGGUGAAUAAUGAAGUAUGUACAACUCUUAAAGAUAAUAAAAAUCAAACUAGCCUCAGACAAGAUUCGCAGAAAAGAUUAGAAAAUAUCUUACUAUUACCAAUACAAGAGAUUUCAGAAAAUCCAUCAAAUUCAGAUAAGGAUAUACGCAAUUCAACAAUUAUAACUUCUAAAACUAAUGGUGAUAUUUCAUGCAUCUCAAAUUUUGAAAUAUCGCCUGAUGUAAACAUCGCUCGACUUAUAAAUAACCAAAAUAACAAAGAGUAUAGCUUUGGAGAUUCCUAUAUUCCGAAUGGAAUUAAUAAACAACAACUACCAUUAAAAACUGAAAUAAAAGAGGAUGAAUUGCAAGAUAAAUUAUCAGAUGAUGAUGAUGAUGAAUUUCAUGAAGCAUUAGAAAAUCCACAAAUUGAUGCUAGUUUGAAUAAAUCUAUGAGCUCUACUCAAAUAUCACAACAUCAUUCAAUGAAAACCGAAUCAUAUAGCAAGAAACAUCAUGGUAAUAUGAAAGAGAUCGAAUAUUUGAUAUCUAAAUAUCAUAUAUCAAAAGCAAGACAAUCCGUUAAUACACCAGUGACCAACAUGAUUAUACCACCAUCAUUACGAUUAACUAGCUCACCAUCUACCUCAACUAAUUUAGAUAACAUUAAUGCAAAGGGACUUACAAAGUUUGAAGUAACUGAAUAA